AUGCGGUACCGUACGGCCGACAUUGAGUCACUGAACUCUCUUCUCGUUGCAUCGCGAGAGCGCUUUACCCAAAACAUGAGCUUUGUGAAGCAUCUCCUGCUGGCUCCUGAGACACCUACGAUUGAUGAUGCUGCACGUCCAAACACGAAUAGGCUCGCUUGUUCGGUGAAACUUCGUCCGUUGCGUCGUCGCCUUGAUGCUGAACGUCUCCUUCGACCGCAAGGCAGCGGCCUUGUUAGUCUCACAAUUCCCUUUGAGAUCGACCAGGAUUGGUCACCUAUUUCUGACCUUCUUCUAUCUCCUACUAUUGAAUAUUUGGCUGUUGAUAAUUUCUACUGUGAGAUUUUGAUGGCUAGUUCUACUAAGUCUGUGGAACCGAUUACUCCUGCUGAUAAGUUCUCAAAGCUCAAAGCGCUCACAAUAUAUAGAUCUGAGAGCAGUCGAGAUAACAAGCUGCUUUUCCAUUUGAUCCGAAGCUGCAAUUUGCAUUUUUUCCAUUUCGAGGAGAGAAGCAGAGACCAGAUGACUCCAAUUGAGAUAGCUGAACUUUUAAUCAGUCUUCAACGCCAGCAGAAUCUCAAGGCUUUAGUGCUGAUCAUUCCCGGUUCGUCAUGCUCAGCAGCCAUCAGGAUGGCCAGACGGAAACAGAGCAAGCUAUGGCCGAAUCUGAAGGCGUUGUAUCUUGGGAUGGGAGAUGAACACUGGCUGGAACAAAUUCCAGAUUUCAAGGAGCUUCAAAUCCUCAGUACUCAAGAAUUUGUACCUGGUCCACGAAUCAUCAACAGUGACGUUAUAUCAAAAAUUGGAAAAUGCCAGGAACUACGGGUUAUCGACGUCUAUUUCCGGGAAUGCAAUGAUAUAGAAGCGCUUCUCGAUAUCGCGCAUGGAUGCCCGCUCUUACAAAUGCUCCGCGUUCUGCACAGGCGUCUUGGGGGCCGAUUAGAUCCAAUGAACACCAAAUUUUCUGACCUUUUGCGCGCCUUACCGCAGCUGGAAUUCCUUGAACUUGAUUUGAAGUUUCGGAUAAAUGGUGCACACAUUCAAGAUCUCGCGGUCCACUGUCCAAGACUCACCGUGCUUAGACUGCAUGAGGCUUGGUUGUGUCUCUCCAUUGCGCAGAUGCGUACGGUUGAUCCGCUUCGGCAGCUAGAACUUGUGCACUUCAAAGAUGUACAUUUUGAGAAUCCACAACGUUUAAUGGAACCGCACAUAUUCUCUACCCUUGUAGCAGAGUGGCGCAGGAUAUUUCCAAAGCUCCGGGAGAUGCCUUGUCCCGCCGACAUAUACGGUAUUGACAUGGAAAGAGGUAAUAUGAACGACACAUCAGAAAGGAACGUUGUCAAUAUACGCAGUAAUGACGAGACUUCCCUGAGUGUUUUAGAGGAUACAGAGGAGUAUCAUUCAGAUAUGCUUACUUUAUCUAGUGAUGAAGAGAUGUUUUCAGAUGAGUCGGAGGAUUCAGAAGAAGAAGCCAGUGAGGAAGGAGAAGAGGAAGAAGAAGACGAAGAAGUGGUCUUUCCUGGUGAGCCGGAGCUCAACUACAACUACUUUGGGUCAGACUGGUUCUUCUUACGAAUAAAAUUAUGGAGAGAACUUCAAUACGGACAAGGCCAGUUCACUCAUGACAGGAUUGCCAAUAUUUGGAGGACAAAUCUUGAAAUUGAGAAGAUCGGCUGGCCCGUGAUGCCUCUAGAAGCGUACUCGGACCCAGAGAGCUAUUGA